GGUUAGUGUUGCAACUCUUGCAUGGCGCCGGUCACCCACCCAGGGUAGUGACGCACAUAAUACUACUCCCUGACGCCUCACUCGCACACUUAUGCUGAUUAGUUUAAUAGCGUUGAUUACUUUUCUAUAUACGUGUCACUGGACACCCACAAGGUUUAUAUAUAUCAGGUGUAUAACUUGCAUAUACACGGAACACCAAGAGGAAAGGUUGAAUACGACUCGUGCUGCGGUGGCUUUUAAUUAUAUCAACAACACAAUGGGAAAAGAAGUUUUUUUUUUUUGUUUCCGAGGACGUCAAGUCUGUUUGAAGAGGAAUUUGUUAAAGUGAGAGUAUUAUGAUGGAUGUGGAGAGACUUGAGGCAGUGGUAUAUUAAGAGGCUUGUGUGUGUGUGUGGUGGUUCAGGCAAGAUGUGGAUGUUUGCGGUGGGGUUCAUGGUUCAUCUGAUAUUUUUCAUGUCAGUGUUUGACAUAUACUUCAGGACACCACUGAGCCAUGGUAUGACCCCACACCUACACCACCAACACCCAGCAGCACACAGACUAGUCCUCAUAGUUGCUGAUGGCCUCAGAGCUGAUGCUUUCUACGACUAUACCAACCACACCACCAGGGCACCAUUUUUAAGAUCUGUUAUUGAGACCCAAGGAACAUGGGGAGUGUCACACACACGGGUACCCACGGAGUCUCGACCUGGCCAUGUUGCAAUCAUUGCUGGCUUCUAUGAAGACCCCAGUGCCAUUGCUAAAGGAUGGAAAGAGAAUCCAGUUGAGUUUGAUUCAGUUUUCAAUGAGAGUCGCCACACUUGGUGUUGGGGUAGUCCAGAUAUUCUUCCAAUGUUUGCUGCUGGUGCUGAAAGAGGCCAUAUAGAAACAUUUAUGUAUAAGGCUGAAGAAGAGGAUUUUGCCAGCAGUGAUGCUUCAAAACUGGAUAAAUGGGUAUUUGAGCAUGUGAGAGAAUUCUUCAAAGAGGCCUCAGAAGAUGUAAGGCUCCUUGAGCAAAUCCGUAAAGACCGCAAUAUUUUCUUCCUUCAUCUUCUAGGGCUUGACACCAAUGGACAUGCCCACAAGCCACAUUCAGAGGAAUAUCUGAAAAAUAUUGAAAUUGUUGAUGAAGGAGUUGAAAAAAUAGUGAAAUUGUUUGAAGAUUUCUUCAAGGACCAGAAAACUGCUUACAUCUUCACUUCGGAUCAUGGCAUGACUGACUGGGGUUCUCAUGGAGCUGGUGACCCAAGUGAAACAGAGACUCCUGUUGUAGCCUGGGGAGCUGGUCUAGCCCUUCCAAAAGAUCCCUCGCAGUUUAAAGAUAAAAUGAUAUAUGAUGCUCGUGUAGAGAAGUGGGGCCUCUCACACGUACGCCGACACGAUCUUCACCAAGCUGAUAUAGCCCCCCUAAUGGCAUCCAUCAUUAGCAUUCCUAUCCCAGUUAAUAAUGUGGGUAUACUACACGUGGAGUAUCUUGGAACUUCAGACGAGUACAAGUCAGAAGCUCUUUUUGCUAAUGCUCGCCAGAUGCUGGCACAAUAUCAGCAGAAGAGAGCCCAGAAGGAAGAAGAAACACUGCCUAUAUUCUACUGGCCAUACACUCUUCUCACACCAGACAGGGAGCUUGAAUCUUUGGCCACAAUUCGUAAUCACUUAAAACGUGGACAUUAUGAAGAUGCGAACAGUGAAAGCCUCCACUUGAUCUCUAUGACACAGCAUGGCAUGGACUACUAUCACAACUAUGAUCGACUGGCAUUAUCUAUCCAUAUUGCAUUGGGAUUUCUUGGCUGGAUAUUUCUCAUGAUAUGCCAUCUGUUACGAGAUCACAGUGCCGUGUUGAGGAUGGCAGGAGGCACCAUAGAAGGCCGCCGAGUGUGGCGAUCAUCAGUGUUGAUGGCUGUGGUGCUGCUAGUGUGGGCAAUAACUAAUCUCACAAAGCUUAUAGGUCAGCAACACCCAUGGCAGCAUUACUUGUAUCUAAUGACACCAGUAGGGCUGUGGGUGUUAGUUCACCAAAGGUGUGCCCCACUGCGUGUUGCUUGGCUCCUCGUCUCCUCGUUCAACAUGGUGUGGGAAGUAGCUAUUCGCAUACUCUUCAUAUUCAUUGGGAUUGAGAUUCUGGUGAUGGCAUUCUUCAUCCGGCCAAUGCUGUCCCUUGGGUUAUUGUGCAUUGGGCUGUGGCCAGUCAUUAUGUACUCGAUGCAGGGAGCAGUGGAGCACUCCAUGAGGCUAGUUUGGAUUGGCGCCUGCAUUCUUCUGGCAUCAUUUACAUACAUGCCUGUCGUGGGCAAGGAGCCAUAUUACCCAAUGGUGGAAAUUGCUGGGUUAACUGCAUUUACCUUAGGAGGCAUUGUUAUAUACUGGUGUGGUGGUGAUGGGGGUCUACCACGGCACAUCCCAUCCGUAGUGUAUGUUCAGGGCAUGAUGGUGGUGGCUUCAGUCUACCUGGUUCACUCCACUGCUUACAGCAUCACACAAAAGGAAGGAUUGCCAUACAUCAAUCAGCUGUCAGCAUGGACCUUACUAGCUCUUUCAUUUAUAUUGCCUCUCUUUGGGUCAAGAAAUGUUAUGGGCCGCCUCCUCUCGGUGACUGCAUCAUUUCUCUGCCCAUUCCUGCUGCUGUGCAUUAGACAUGAGGGAUUUUUUUAUAUUGCCCUCAGUAUUGCAAUGUUCCUAUGGCUGCUGUUAGAAUUCUACCUUGCUGGUAACAAUGUACAAAUUGCAAUGCUCAAGUUUGCAACAUGGGGCAGAGAGAGCAGCAAAGGCGGGGAGCGAGUCCUGGAGUGGUCAGAUGUUCGCCGUGCAUACUUUUUCCUGUUCUUUACUGUGCUAGCCUUCUUUGGCACUGGCAACAUAGCUAGUGUCAAUAGCUUUGAUCCCAGCUUUGUCUACUGCUUUAUCACAGUUUUCUCUCCAUUUAUCAUGGGCAGCUUGCUGCUUUUCAAGAUCAUUAUCCCAUUCCUUCUGGUCACCUGCUUUUUCCAUGCUAUCUGCACACUUAUCGAGAUACCAACUCGUGCACUCUUCUACAUGUUCCUGGUGAUGUCUGACUUCAUGGCUCUUCACUUUUUCUUUCUCAUUAGAACAGAAGGCUCAUGGCUGGAUAUUGGCACAUCGCUCAGCCAUUAUGUUAUUUCCAUGUCAACUACAUUGUUUCUCAUAGUCCUUCUCUUUAUAGCUAGAUUUGUCACAACUUUCAAUAUUGAAAAAAGCGCCAAAGAAGGCGAUUGUGUCCUACCGAGAGUAUCAAUUGGCCGGCCACACCGAGAUUAAUACACGAAAAGAUAUCCAUGAUUGCUGGUCUUUGUUUGACUUGUGAAUAUGAAAGAAUUGUUUUUUUUACUCAAACACUUUCAUUCAGUAUACAUUUUUUAAUGUUUUUUUUUAAUUGUACAAGUGUUCUUAUUCCUGUAAGGUUGUCUCAGAUUAGACCUCAAAUAUUAUGAGGUCUAGUCAGACUGCCACAGGGGCAAUGGACCCCAGGUAUACUUUUCAUUUAUUGAAUUACUCUUACAUAAAUUUUUAAAUAAUUUCAACAUUACUCUGUACUCUUGCUAUUGUAAACCUUGACUACUGGAUCUCCUGUAAUUCUGCUAGUGAUUAUUAGAAUAGUAGCAAGUGGUAAAACUUUGGUGUGUAUGUAGGCAUUUGUUGUACAGUCAGAGAUGUAUCCUUGUAUUCCAUAAGCCCAUCUGCAUUGGCCUCAACUUGUGCAAAAAUAGUGCAAGGCAGGCAUAAUCUUAUGCAGAGGCAUAUAUAUGCAUUAUUCAUGUAUGCAUUUGCAUAAAAUGUAUGCAUGUGUCCAUUUUUUACACUUUGCAUAUAGAUAUAUUCUUAUGCACGUGUUAAUGUAUACUUGUGUGUGUGAAAUUUAGGCAAUCACUCGGCCAGUGAUUCUUGAAGUUAAAAAGGAAUUUUUAAAGGGGCAGUUUUUUUAGAGGGUUUAUUCUCCCAUUUAUAUACCUAGAAACCUAGACUUAAUCUUUCACUUGCACAAGAUAUGCCAAUCUGAAAAGACACAGUACAAGUUUUUGUUAAACCUACAAUAAUUAUCUCCUAAAUGGCUUAAAGUACAUGAAGAUAGACAUGGUGCAGGUUAGAACUCUUUUUUAAAGCCUAAUUUUUUGAAGUGGUUCAGAAUUUUUUUUUUAUUGGUAACAUUAGCAAAUUAGUUUGGUGAAACAAACCAGAAAGGGCUAUACACUGCUGAAUGGAUUAUAUAUGCUCUUAAUUCAUACAAUGGUAACUUUAAAUUUUCUGUACAGUAUCUCAAGUUGCUGGCAAAAGACAUUUGAUUCAGGGUAGGAUACUUUCCCUGCACACUACAAGUUUGAAGACAUGUUUACUGAGAGGGAACUUUCAUCAGCAAGCAAGAGAAAUUUGCACCUGCCUUUUGACACUGAAGGAUUGUUAUAGCCUACUUUUGUGUGCUAAUGUAUUGGUCAGUUUUUAAGUGCAAGCUUAUGCUUAUUUAGCACUUCCAAAAUUCCUGUACUUUAAAAGUUAGAUAUAUAAGUACACUGUUAUUUGGGAGUCUAACCAUAUAGCACAGAUGAGCGAGGCCUAGUUUAUCGAGUGGUUCGAGGAUUAUUCCACCAAAGUGUACCUGGCUAGGAAAAAAAAAACUUUCAUUCAAGGUUCUCGCUAUAAUUCCUGUAAUCAUCCUCUUGCAGGAUGUGAAGGUUAUGCUUACCACUAAAUAUAACAUCCUUGAUACUACCACUGGUUCAAGGAAAUGAUUAGACAUUUAAGUGUUACUAAACAUGUGGAAUAAUGCACAAACUUUUCACAGCAGUGGAUGACAACUGAUAAUGGAGUGCCAGAGUUCUGACAAAUUUAGCACUGUUUGGCACAGGGCUGCAGAUGCAAUAACCAACAAAAAAUUGCCUGGGAUCAAGUGUCCCAUCCGGCAAUCUGCUAUGAAGCAGUCUGGACCAAGUAGUGACACCUUAUAAAGUACUGCUGGGUAAAAAACCAGUAGACAAUAGAAUAUCCGAAGACUCCAGCAACAACUCGGCAUGAACAACAGCCAUCCACCCUGACACUGUAGGGCCACAACAACCCUCUCCCCUGACAUCUAUAAAAUACAUUCAUCAGAAACCAUAAUUUAGGGCACAGCAAGAAUUUGUUUUCUUACACGUAAUCAUGUUCAUUGUUUAAUUUUAUUGGGUUAUCCUAUUUAAAUCUACAUAUUUUUGUGACCAUAAAUUGUGUAUGCUCUCAGGACAGUACUAUAUCAACAAGCAAUGACAUUUACAGCGAGAUUUCAAAAAACCUAUUUUUGAUGAAACUUCUUAAUAUUUGACUUUGGGAGGAGUAAAGAACAAUCCUUUUUUUUUUUUUUCCAAAAAAUGUGUCCCUCACACCAUGAGUUGGUUUUAUUAAAAGUGCCGAUUUCAGAAACUUGACCUAUGCAAAUUAUGAGUCUGCUAUGUAACAUUCACCUGCAAAUCUUGGUAGCUUGAGCUUUGCCAUGGUUUCAGCACACCAGUGACAAUUUUAAGCCAAUCUGAUGAGGCCUUAUUAUUAUAUUUAGGAGGGGAAUGAUAAACCUAUAGAGGUUACACCUGUGCCUGGGGAAUGGGAGGCAUGCAAAUUUAAAUAAAGCUGUAUGGUAUACUAAAAAAUCUUUGGAGGAAGCACAAAGUAUCCCUUUGGAGAUACCUAAUAUGUACAAAUUUAAUGCUUAUGAAAUAAAUUAAGCACUAAACCUAAAGGCAUCUUACAACAAUGUUUAUGUAAGAAUUCUGAAGCAUUGAAAUGUUAAAUUUUAUUUGUGUGCAUUUUAAAAAUGGCAUUCUUCACCACAGAUUACCUACUCUCGGAUAUUACUCUUAAAUUAUAAAAUGAACCGAUACUAUUAAAAUAUAGCUAAUCAA